AUGCCACAACUACAACCAGAUUAUUACACCACAGAUGUGGCACCACCAACACUUGCAAUCACCAAAAGCAAUACCAGCAACACUAGUAAUAUCAACAGCAAGACAUAUCUUAAAUACAAGGCCAAGCUUGCCAGGCUUGCUAAGUUGACCAAGUUCAAAAAGAGUGCUAUUGUCAAAAUACAUAUCAUAAACAAACCAUCAUCAUCAUCAUCAAACACAAAGUUCGAACCUUCUACAAGAAGCAGAUCAAGUAGCACUAGUACCAUUUUUGUUGAUGAUGCGUCAUCCAAGAGUGAAGGUGAGGAUAAGUGUUGUUGCUGUUGUUUAGAAAAGGUACCUAACUAUACUGUCACUACUACUGAAUGUUCACCACGGAUAUCAUUGGAUGAGUUGCAGGAUUCAUUAGUGGAAGAAAACAAAGGAGAUGAUGAUGAUCUUGAAGAAAAGAACAUACGUUUGUUUAAUGCUGAUGAAAAGAGCGUUGAUGAUAUAUCUAUUGUUCCUUCUUCUCCACCACCUCAAUAUAAAAGCGUAGCGUUGGCGGCUUCACCAAGUAAUGAAAUGGAAAUGGAAACGGAAACGGAAAUGGCAGUGAGCCCCACUGAGGCGCAAAUCCAACCUCGUUCACACACACCAUCCAUCACUGAACACCGCCCUACUACUUCGUCUUCCACCACAUCCACCACCAUCAGCACCACCAUCAGCACCACCAACACUCCCAUCAACCCAACACAAAUCAAGUUCAAAUCUCAACUAAACCAAUACCUCGCCUCCAUUGAAACUGAAGAUCUUACAUACUUUUCUGAACCAUACACAAGUCUCAAACAGUAUAAUAAAUCAACAAUGCAACAAUACAGUCGAUAUAAACUCAUCAAUGACAAAAGGCAUCAUUGUAUCAAUUACUAUUGGCUUUAUUUGGAUAUACGAACAAAUAAUCAGCUAAUUGAUUCAAUGUAUGUGAGUUGGUAUAGUUGGAUGAGUGGAUUGAUCACUUUCAUGAUUAUUUAUGCAUUGUUUGUUUGCUUGUGUUGA